AUGCUGAGGUUCCAGUCGUGGCCUUGCUCGCUUUUCCUCCUCUUAGUUCUGCUCUCUGCCAGAGUUCAGACUGUGUCCUUACCAGCACAGAGGCUACAGAUGCUCCUUUCCCAGUUGCUGCCCCUGGAGCCUGAGCCCACACUGGCUGAAGAGGACACGAAGGAGGGGUCCAGCUUUGGCCCUCAGUUGCUCUCCUCCACGCUCCCGUUCCUCCCGUCUGGGGCUAGAGCUGCCCGUCCCUCUCUCUGGCGCAAGACCCUCACCAGUCGCAAGUGGGCACUGCCUGGAGAUUGGGCCUGGAAGGCCAUACCCAGGGGCUGCUUUGGGCUGAAACUGGACCGGAUCGGGACCUUCAGUGGUUUAGGGUGUUAGCUCCGGAGGGGUUCUGAGCCAGAGGAGGAUACCCAGGCGCCCGCAGGACCGGACUGAGAACCAGCACGGCGUGCCAGCGGCUGAAACCGGGAAGCUCCUGCGCUGAAGGAGCACGGCGGCGGGGAAGCAGCGCAGCGCUACGAGGAGGAGCUGCCCGGCUCCGCGGCUGCCCCUAGGCCGCAGGACCCCUGCUCUGCCGGCAGCCCCCUGCGCCCUCGCCGUGAUUGAGGACUCGCUUGCUAAUUAAACAGAGCUGUACCAA